AUGUAUAUGAAAGUUUUUGUAAACCAUGACGAAACUACAGAAUCAGAACAAGGCUUUCAGCAUGGUGGGGAGGGAGUAGUAGUAGCAGUUCGUCAAGGACUAGCAGCGGUAGUGGUUCUAGUCGAUCAGGAUGGGGUUGGGGGUAGUAGAAAUUCAAAUAGAAGAGUAUCAAUAUCAAGACCUGCACCUAGGCCUAAACCUGCACCAAAACCUGCGCCUAAACCAAAGCCUUCGGGUGUUUCGGCAUGGUUUGGUGGGAGUAGAAGUAGAGGCAGUUCGUCAAGAACCAGUAACGGUAGUGGCACCAGACGAUCAGGAUGGGGCUGGGGUAGAGCUUCAAAUAGAAGAGGAUCCAUAUCAAGAUCUGCACCUAGGCCUAAACCUGCACCAAAACCUGCGUCUAAACCAAAGCUGUCGAGAGGAUGGUGGAGGUCAAGGACACCAGCUGUAAGCAGGAUCCCAGUGCCAAAGCCAAAACCAAAACCAAAACCAAAGAUUUUACCUAAACCAAAGCCAUCAGGAUGGUUGUGGUCAAGGAAACCAGUUAGCAAGAUUCCAGUGCCAAAGCCAAAACUAAAACCACCAGUUGGUUCCUCUAUCAAAAAUCCGAACUACAUACCAUAUAAAGAGAAAACAUUUAAGCAUCCAGAAGAUACAAAGGGCGUUAUUAAAGCAUUUGAAACGCACGGUGGAGAACCAAAUUUAAAAAUGUACAAUGCAAAGACAAAGAAUAUGAAAAACGAUCCGACAAUAGGUUAUGGAUUUAGCUUAAAUCGACCUGAUGCUCGUAAAACAUUUAAGACCGUUUUGCCUGGUGCAAAUUUUGAUAAGGUAAAAGCUGGUACAGAAUCUAUCAAAAAAGAAGAUGCAAAGAAACUGUUUAAUCAUGACGUCGACAAAAUUUAUCAACCAAAGGCUAGAAACAGACUUGGCGCUAACGUUUUCGAUAAAUUACCAUCCAAUGUAAAGACAGCUGUAGUUAAUGCCCAAUACAGAGGUGACCUUGGACCAAAGACUGUUGGCUACAUCCAGAAAGGCGAAUGGAAUAAGGUUAGCACCGAAUACCUUGAUCAUAAAGGUUACAAAAAUGCCUCCAAGAACAAUAUGAAUGGAAUAGUGCAAAGAAUGAAUUGGAAUGCCAAGCAAUUUGACUCAAUGACUAAAAACGGUUAAUGAACUAUAGUAAGUUGACGAAUCAUUUCCGUCAAUCGAGAUAUGUGACAAUAAAAAGUCUAGAAAAUAUAAA